GUUUACAACAUUUACGCAGAUACCUUCUCACAGAAGCAUAUGUGUGCAGUGAUGCUUGGAGAAAAAGACUAAAUUCUCCAAUAUUCAAGGAAAUUAAAAUGGAUGCCUUUGGGGUUGACAUAAUUAAAAACUGCAGAACAGGUCGUGCUACUGCUGUAGAUGUGGACAUUUUUGCUAACAAUAUCACUGAUCCUGUACAACUAUAUGACUUGGAAAACAUUUUGAGCAAAUUUAGGCGAACAAAACACACAAUUUAUACAAUGGACUCAACACAUUAUGCAGUGGUGCGAGCAUUUUUGGAGUUUAAACAAGAAGAUAGACUACUUGAGAUACUUGAAAAUAGGCUACUCUAUGGCAUAUUCCCCGACUACUAUAGUAUGAACAUGCUUUUAGAUCGUUACAUUGAAGAUAAAAACUACAGAGAUGCUGCUAGAGUGGCAUCACUGAUGAUGCUACAGGAGGACUUUGAGCAUCCUUUGUUCAGCCGCUUGGCAUUGUAUGCUUGUCAUAUGGACAGUGGCAAUCCUAAAGAUGAGCCAGUUGUAGAAGCAAUCGAUGAACAAGAGGAUGAAGAUGAUGAUGAUGACGUGAUAAUCAAGAGGGUCGGUUGGAUUAAGAAUCCAUACUUUGAUGAUCAUUUUGACCUGAAAGAUCACCAACUAAAACUCGGCAAAACUCUGAUGAUGUUAGGCAGACUAUAUUUUAAUGAUAGUAUUGUCGGCCACAGCUACGAGUUGAUUGGAUGGGGAUUGUAUAAGAAAUGGGACCAAGGGCUGGAACUUUUGGAACAAUUGCUAAAUUCUGAGGAAAAACCAGCCAUCUUUCAAGAAGCGCUGGAAAGGUUUCAAGCAGCACUCGAUUGUAUUGAAGAAGAUGAUAAAGGUACAAAGAUUGACAUUGUUGAAAGGUUCACUGAGGCAUCCAAAAAAUUGUCAGGUGCUGGAAAAGUUUCAGAUGAAGAUCUCAAUGCCUGUGUGGAGAAGCUCGUUGAGAAGGAUACACUCCAUAAGCUGGAACCAGCAGAUAUUGCAGCACAACAGGAGCUUUUCAUUCAGUGGGAGGAGGCAAGAAAGGCCAAGUUGGAGCAGCAGAUCGAAGAGUACAUGAAGCAGGAACGAAUUCGCGUGAUACGCAGUAAGAAAGAGUACAUCACGAAGCGCGAGGAACUGUUCUCGUUCUUCGACAGCGAAGACCGAAUUAAGAUUGUGCUCGACGAAGAGAGACAGCGCGUCGAGCGCAAGCUGAGGCAUCGGUUUCAGAAGAAGAGGCCCGAAGCCGAUGAGUUUGACCUUGCAGAUAGGUUGGGGAAAGUGUAAUGUCAUUCACAUUUUACUUGUUUUAAUGCAAGGUUACCAGAGGUCACAUACAAUAGUAGAACGGACAUGUAUGUUUACUAAGUUCGAGUUGUUAGUUACCUAAUGAUGUAAUCAUUAGGGAUAUAUUAGGUAGGAUUCAGCUUCAGUCAUAUUAACAUUUUUGUAUAUUCUGUUGUAAUAAUAUAGGUUAUUACUUUGUAUCUUAGGAAAGUCUAGUCCUCAGGACAGAUCACUGUAAAUACAAUCAUUGAAUGUGUCCAGAAGCAAA